AUGAAUCUUGUUGUAUACCUGGGAAUACUACUGCCUAUCUCCAUUCAAUCUAGCGCUCAGAUUGACUGGGGUUUCGCUGCCCCUUUUCACCAGAAAGUCCUCCAACCUGACAGUCCAAAUUUUGGCGUGAAUGAGCCUUUUAUUCCUACUCCUUCGCACAUUUUGCCAGAAAAAAAAGCCUUCCAUAUCGACGAGAAGGUUAACUACUACCAGCGAUUCUACAAUGGGUCUCGCAAUGGAGAAUAUCGGCGUUCGUCCUGUCCCGCCAUCAAUGCCCUGGCGAACAGGGGGUACAUUAAUCGCAGUGGACGGAACAUCACCUAUUCUGAGCUUGCUCAUGCUGUUCGUGAUGUGUGGAACUUUGGAGAUGACAAUAGUAUGCUCGUCCUCGCGCCAACAUUCGCCAUGAAUGGGUGGCCGGAAACGAUUGAUCUUGAUAAUUUUAACGACGAUCUGGUGCAGUAUGUGAUUAACUGCCCAGCAGCACCGACUCGAAAUGAUCGCGCCAUUGGUGAUAAUAUUAAUAUUAAUAUGACUCUGUUUGAGUCACUUCUAUCCUUUUCCAAGGACGGAGAGACUUUAUCAUUGGAAGAUCUUGCCGAACAUCACCAUUUAAGGCAUAAUCAGAGUAAGGCGGAAAAUCCAAACUUUGUAUUUGGCAACCAGGGGGCAAUCUGGAAAUUCGGCAAACAUGGUCGGACAACGCUCUUCGUGGAUGAUGUGAAGACAUUCUAUCUAGACGAGGAUAUUCCGAAGAAUUAUGAGCGACGGGAAAUUGCUCACUAUUCCCCCGAGUCAAAUGCCAUGAUCGAUCGCAUGUCACAUCAUAUUGGCUACACAAUCCAGCGUCCGUUUCCAGAAGGGGAUCAAGAACCUGGGCGUGAUAUUUGUCCAAUGAGGGCCCGGUUCCAGAGGAAGGAAUGUGAUUGA